AGCUACUCAUCCGGGACAUUCGAGAUCAUCUCCAGCCGCGCAUACAUAGUUGCUGUUGCCCAAUAAUAAAAACAAACAUACCAAAUAAAUCAAUCCAAUAAGAUUCCGUCUUUGCAAUAUAUUAUUGUAAUAAUUUGAUUAUAUAUAUUUAAUACCUGUGGAAUUCUGGUAAUUUCUACUCUUCUGAAAAAGUGUGUCUCAUUCAACCGGGAGGCAGCACUUGUAUACAAAAUGACCUAAAAUAAAAUUUACAUUUCACACCAAGUGACCAAUUUCUUUCGACUGUGUUGAGUGAAUGGGGGAUCUUUGGAAGGCAGUGCAGGGGAUGGCGACCUUGGUGUCCAGUCCUCCGGAUACUUGCAGCGGGGUUGCCCUAUCCUCCGGAGAUGGGGCCGAGUCCACCUGGAUUGCUGGGGAUCAGGUUUUUAUUCUGUCCCUAUGUCUUGUUAUUUUGGUGGUGGUUGGAUUUGCGUACUCUUCUAUCAGAUACUAUCGUCGGAAAUACGAAGCUCGAGAUGCACACCUUGGAUUUUCAAAAACGCGAUUUCGAAAGAGAGAUAGAUUUAUGUUCUAUGGUAGAAAGGUGUUACGACAAGUCACAUCUGCUGCAGGUUCAAAUAGGCGAAAAAAGAUUAUCACAAAGAUAACCAAAAAACUAUUAAAAUUGAAAACUGAUACACCACCAACACGUCUGCAUGUACUGGAGCCUGCCGCAGAAUACCUUCAAGAGGAGAUAGGAUACAAUAAAGCUGACCAAAGAUUACCUCCAGAAGUAACAUAUAUGCUGAAAAGCAUUAGAAUGUUUGGCAUCUUUGAGCGGCCACUAUUUCUUGAGCUUUGCAAACACGUGGAAACUAUUCAUGUCACCGCCGGACAGUAUUUAUUUCGAAUAGGAGAUGCAGAUGAAAAUUUCUAUGUUGUACAAAGUGGGGUGCUAAAUGUUUUUAUUACCGAACCAGACGGAUCGACUUUAACUUUAAAGGUCGUGAAAGAAGGAGACUCAAUUGCUUCCUUAUUGAGUUUUACGGAUGUAUUGACUGGUCACCCUCAACCUUUUAAAACUGUUUCUGCACAAGCCCUUGAAAAUUCGUCAAUUUUGAAGUUACCUGUGGAUGCAUUCCGAGAAGUGUUCGAAAAAAAUCCAGAGACGUUUGUUAGAGUCAUUCAAAUCAUCAUGGUGCGCCUGAAUCGUGUUACGUUCACGGCUUUGCAUCAACAUUUGGGUCUAAGUCAUGAAUUAGUUCAAGCUCCCAGGCGAAGAAGCAUGGCAUUUCAAGUAUCUCCAUUACGUAGAAGUACCGGCUAUGUUCCAAGUUCCAUUGAAGAUAACACUCAAACUCCUGAUUUAUUGGACUCUGAUGCGGGUGCGUUUGUUCAUGCGACGCAAGCAAACCACAAUCUGCUCGGAGCCGAACCCAUUGCAGUUCCUAGCCAAACUCUGCAUUCGAGUUUAAGACGGCGCCACAACAUGGGAAUGACGCCUCCUACGGGAUAUCAUCCGAGUGGCACUAGUUCUGUUGGGGAGGGUGAUGGGAGCCAACCAAUAAUGUCUGAAUUUUUUGUACCAUCUACAGAAAGUGACGAUGACUCCGCAUUCUUACUAAAGCAAGCCGUUAACGCGUUUAAACUUAGCUUAGGACUGGAGGAUAUUGACACCAUCAAAGAUUUGGUAAAUUUGAAAGAUAUUCCGGCUGGAGCCUUCCUCGCCAAAGAAGAGUCAAAUCAGGGUGACUGUGGACUCGUUUAUGUUGUGUCCGGUUUGCUAACACUCACUCAACGAGAAAAUGAAAAGGACGUCGUAAUGUUUAACGCACAUCCUGGGGAAUUUGUCGGGGCCUUGGCAGUUCUAACGGGCGAACCAUCAAUAUUCACAAUCAAGGCCAAACAGCAUACGAGGCUGGCAGUUAUGACUUCUGCUGCAUUUUAUUCGAUAAUGGCUACGAAUCCAAAAGUCGUUUUACAUUUGGCAAACAUUGUUGUGAGAAGACUCAGCCCUUUUGUACGCCAAAUUGACUUUGCUAUGGAUUGGAUCUUCUUAGAAGGAGGUAGGGCGUUGUACCGCCAAGGUGACGAGUCAGACUGCACGUUUAUCGUUUUAAGUGGACGCUUGCGAUCUGUUAUAACACGCAAUGAUGGGAAGAAACAGCUUGUUGGAGAGUAUGGUAGAGGAGAUUUAGUUGGAGUUGUGGAAACGUUGACACGCACUAAAAGAAUGUCAACCGUGAUGGCUGUGCGAGAUACUGAACUAGCGAAAUUACCAGAAGGGCUCUUGAAUGCAAUAAAAUUAAAGUAUCCUAUAGUUAUGAGUAGACUGAUACAGCUGCUAGGACAUCGUAUUUUAGGUUCUUGGCAGCAACCAAUGACAAUGAAUAAUGUUCCAAAUUCUUCGAAAUAUGAAUCGAAACCAUCACAUGUUAAUUUUAGCACUGUUGCUGUACUUCCGGUAACUGAAGACGUCCCACUGUCCGCCUUCACCUAUGAACUUAUACAUUCAUUAACAUCCAUAGGGUCAUCUUUACGCUUGACGUCGGAUUAUAUAAAGACUAUUAUGGGGUCAAGCAUCAUGGAUGCUGCAAAUGAAUACAAACUUACAAAUUGGUUGGCUCAGCAAGAAGACAAACAUCGUUUAGUUUUAUACCAAUGUGAUUACUCCAUGACGGUGUGGACGCAAAGGUGUAUUCGACAAGCCGAUUGCAUCCUGAUUGUAGGGAUGGGAGCAAAUCAACCUUCGGUUGGAAAGGUGGAAAAACAGUUGGAACAUUUAGCUUUCAGAAUCCAGAAGGAACUAGUUCUUCUACAUAAAGAAGGGUCGCGGCCAAAAAAUACUGCAUCUUGGCUGAACAUUCGAACGUGGUGCUCGUCACACCAUCAUUUGCAGUGUCCCAAACGCAUGUUUUCCAAAAAGGCGAAAAAUACCGAGUACUACGAAACCAUAAUGCAGCAAGAAGUCAAUAUUCAUUCCGAUUUUUCUCGACUUGCACGGUGGUUAACUGGAACGUCGGUCGGAUUAGUUUUAGGGGGCGGUGGGGCUAGAGGGGCCGCUCACGUGGGAAUGCUUAAAGCAAUUCAGGAAGCUGGAAUUCCUAUCGACAUGGUUGGUGGAGUCAGUAUCGGGUCCCUUAUGUCUGGACUAUACAGCAUGGAAAGAAAUAUUGUGACCGUGACCCAAAAAGCGAGAGAAUGGUCCCGGAAAAUGACGCAGUGGUGGAGGCAGGCCAUGGAUCUGACCUACCCUGUAACCUCCAUGUUUAGUGGAGCCGGAUUUAACAAGACAUUAUAUGAUGUGUUUGGAGAUGCCCAAAUCGAAGAUUUAUGGCUACCAUAUUUUAAUAUUACAACAGACAUAACAGCCAGCGAAAUGCGAGUACACACGCAUGGAGCGCUGUGGAAAUAUACGAGAGCGUCAAUGACCAUGCCACCACUGUUUCCUCCACUUUGUGAUCCCGAGGACGGACAUCUUUUAGUAGACGGAGUUUAUUCUGAUAUUCUCGGAGCUGAUGUAAUGCGAGCUCAAGGAGCAAGAUACAUUUUAGCAGUCGACGUUGGGUCUCAAGACGAAACAGAUUUUACCAAUUAUGGCGAUUCUUUAUCUGGCUGGUGGCUGUUAUGGCAAAAAUGGACGACGCCAUUCCGUUCCGUUCCAGUGAAGGUCCCCAACUUGCCUGAUAUUCAGUCACGCUUGGCCUACGUCUCUUGCGUAAGGCAGCUUGAGGAAGUGAGAAACAGCGAUUACUGUACAUAUAUUCGGCCCCCUAUCGAUCGCUAUAAAACACUACAGUUUGGAAGUUUCGACGAAAUAAAGGAUGUUGGUUACCAACAUGGAUCUACAUUCUUUCAAGGCCUUAAAAUGGGAGGUGCUAUGUUACCGAUGACAUCAUCAUUUGGAUCUCAAACUCAGUACCUUCAAAAAGUCGCCAUGGUCCAAAAACGAAAAGCAGAGCGCCCAGCAUUUAAUAAUUUUACUGAUUUGGCUCAGAUGGUUUGCAAAGUUCGAAAUUUGCACUAUGGAGUUAAUUCUGACGAUGAUGAUUCUUACGAGGAUGACGAUGAUUAUGGCCAGUAUGGUGGAUAUGCGUCUGAACAUUCUUUAGAUUUUCCGUGUGCCAACGCAAUGCAGAAGACGGCGUCCGAUCCAGCCAUAAGCUCGAGUUUUGUUCCACCCUAUGAGGGCGAUAUUGAUAUGUGACCACAGUAAUAUUAUGUGUACCAUAUCGACGAUAUCCUUUCCUACUACUUUACCCUUCGUAUUAUUUGAUAUGACUUUACUUUUCUACUGCAAGGAAGGGUUUAGCGGCUGUGUUGACUUUAUGGAUGUGCUUGAAUGUAGUUGCUUGUGAAACCUACAGUAUGCAGGUUGAUUUAGCCCGGGUCAGGGUCAGAGCCCCUGUCUAAACUUUUUGCUGCUUGACCCAACUAUUGCCACAUUACGGUUCAAAAUUCAACUGUGCGUGUUAUAUGAUAUAACUUAUAUCUCACGAUUGCUUGACAUUAAGUAUCUAGGUUGUAAGCGCAACAAUCUAUACUACGCUUGACCAUUAACUUAAACCAAAAGAUUUAAUUUCUUUAGCUUUCUGUAUAUCAAAUAUACCAACCAACGUAACUCAAGACAUAAGUCAAUAAAUCGCUACUGCAUACAUACA